AAGUCGUCGUCAAAAUAGGAAGAUAUCGGUAUAUUAGACAUACGUGAUGACGAAACCCAUAUAGACAACACAAAAAAUAAUUUUUUCAACUAAAAUUAAAUACAAAUUUAAAUAUCCGUAAAUUAAAACAAAUAAUUAGGUUAAAAAAUCAAUUUUUUUUCAUUAUGAUGACUAAAAUAUAAUUGAAUGAAAAAAGUAAUAAGUGAUUAUUGAAAUUCUCCUUUUUUUGAUUCUUAACAUUUAUUAUGAACAUUAAAAAAAUGAAUUAUGUACCUAUUUAAAAAAACUAUUUUAAUAAGAAACAACAAAUACGCUCUAUACUGCAAUAUUUCCCAAAGGGUGGGCCGUGACAACUUGAACAAUUUUCUUUUAAAAUACAAUUGUAAAAUAACCAUACGAUUUUCAUAAAAACAAUUUUUGGAAAUAUUAAAUAUUAAACAUAAAAUAUAAUGGAAUAAAACAAGUUUGAGUACAAAUAAAAUAAUAUUGACUUAUUAGCAUAUCUAAAAAUUUUAAUGUAAAACGUGUGCUUGAUGCUGUUUGAACAAUAAUUGAAUUCGAGGAAGGAUCGACGAUAAACACACUCGAAUAACUUGAUAAAAGCCGUUCACGUGUCUUACUUUUGAUAUUAGAGCGGAAAAUCCAAGUAUGCUGUGGUAUGUUGUAGAAAAUGGUAAUAGCGUAUUUAUGGCUAUUUAUUUGUAAUUAUUUAUGUAAUUUAUAUAUUGAACGAGGACCUUGCUAAAGUACAAACUUUCUUUAAAUCCUGGCAUCUCACUCUUAACCCGGGUAAGUCAGCCUCCAUUGUUUUCCACCUUAGCAAUAGAGAAGCGAACAGGAAAUUAAACCUGGUAGUGGAUGGCAAUCCUUUACCAACCGAAAACGCACCAUAGUAUCUAGGCAUUAAGCUUGACAGAUCGUUAACAUUUAAACAGCAUCUAGAAGGGGUUAAAGACAAGUUGAAAACACGAAAUAAUAUCAACAGCAAACUAGCUGGAACAAGUUGGGGAUGUAGGGCAAACGUCUUACGAAUUUCAUCCUUGGCAUUAAUUUACAGCGUUGCAGAAUACUGCGCCCCAGUAUGGGCUAGGAGUACGCACACUAAAACUGUCGACACACAACUAAAUCGUACAAUGAGAAUUAUAUCAGAAUGUGUCAAAUCAACUAAGUUAGAAUGGCUACCAGUGCUCUCACACAUAGCUCCCCCAGAAGUGCGUAGACACUCAGCAGAGCUAAAAAUGAUUGAGAAAUACAAAACUCUCCAAGCCUUCCAAUAUAUGAUGACUUGUAUAACGCACCAAACAAAAGACUGAAAUCUAGAAAUCCUAUAUGGACGUUAAAAAGGAGUACAAUCACAGAAGGGGACUUAUGGAAGUUACAUCGGAAGGACGGAUUAUGGAAGUUACAUCGGAAGGACGGAGUAGUACUAAAUAACCACCUCAUAAGUGAUCCAACACAACUAGUUCCAGGUUACGUUUUCCCCCGUGCAGCAUGGACUGCCUUAAACCGCAUAAGAACUGGACAGGGAAGAUGCAAUUAUUUGAUGCACAAAUGGGGUAUGGUGGACUCUCCACUCGGUAACUGUGGCCAAAUCCAAACUAUUGGCACAUUGUUGAGGAAUGCUCGGAAACAAAGUUCAGUGGAGGAACAUCAGGUCUUUACAAUGGAGACAAGGAAGCCCUAGAUUGGCUAUGCAAUCUUGCCACACGCUUAUAGCAUUUAAUAGUUAUUACUUGUAGCUUGCUUAUUUAUUUAUUAGUUAGACUAUUU